AGCCUUUCCGGGGCUAUGCCCCGGAAGGGGAAGUGCGAUCUUCGGGCUGUCAGAGUUGGUGUGUUACUCGGUGGUGGCGGAGUCUACGGAAGCCGUUUUCCCUUCACUUUUCCUGGCUCUAGAGCGCUUUCCACCUGGCGGGUGGGAGUGCAGGGACGAAGGUGCGAGAUGAGCACCAUGUUCGCGGACACUCUCCUCAUCGUAUUUAUCUCUGUGUGCACGGCUCUGCUCGCCGAGGGCAUAACCUGGGUCCUGGUUUACAGGACAGACAAGUACAAGAGACUGAAGGCAGAAGUGGAAAAACAAAGUAAAAAAUUGGAAAAGAAGAAGGAAACAAUAACAGAGUCAGCUGGUCGACAACAGAAAAAGAAAAUAGAGAGACAAGAAGAGAAACUAAAGAAUAACAACAGAGAUCUAUCAAUGGUUCGAAUGAAAUCCAUGUUUGCAAUUGGCUUUUGUUUCACUGCCCUAAUGGGAAUGUUCAAUUCCAUAUUUGAUGGUAGAGUGGUGGCAAAGCUUCCUUUUACCCCUCUUUCUUAUAUCCAAGGACUGUCUCAUCGAAAUCUGCUGGGAGAUGACACCACAGACUGUUCCUUCAUCUUCCUGUAUAUUCUCUGUACUAUGUCGAUUCGACAGAACAUUCAGAAGAUUCUUGGCCUUGCCCCUUCACGAGCUGCCACCAAGCAGGCAGGUGGAUUUCUUGGCCCACCCCCUCCUUCUGGGAAGUUUUCUUGAACUCAAGCAGAACUCUUUAUUUUCUAUCAUUCUUUCUAGACACACACAUCAGACUGGCAACUGUUUUGUAGCAAGAGCUAUAGGUAGCCUUAGUACUUGGGCCUCUUUCUAGUUUUGAAUUACUUCUAGGCCUUUUGGGUAUGAUUAGAGUGAGAAUGGCACCCAGCAAACUUGAUCAUGCUUUUGGUCCUAGAUGGUUUUCAAAUAAGUGGAUUGAUUUGUUAAGUUCAGGUGAUGUUUAUGUAACAAAAAACAAAUAGCAUCCUUCUUGUUUCAUUUACAUAAGAAUUUUCUUUGGGACUGACUUUCAAGGCCCUAUGUAUGCCCUGCAAGAGAUCUAGAAGAAAAAUUUAGUUUGUAUAACUCUUAAUUGUAACUGUUUGUUGAGUUGUUUUUUUUUUAAGCCAAAUAUAUGACAUAAGAUCAAUAAAGAGGCCAAAUUGUUAGCUAUUUUAUAUACAAGGAGAGAUCUGUUUCAUUUUGUUUUGCCCUAUUUUUAGAUAUAAGUUUUAGCAUUGGCCAGGAAGGGCUAAAAUAAAAGUUUUUAAGGUACCAUACUUUUUGCCAUACUUGACUCAUGUACUCAAAAUACAGAGUUGUCCUGGUGUAGGAACUGGAAAGCAGGAGUGGAAAGGAACGUAAUAAUUCAUGGGAGUUUAAAAACCAGGGUCUUGGCAAGUAACACUGAUGUCUGAAAAAAAAAAUUAAAUAUAAAUAAAUAAAUAAAAAUGAGGGUCCUCAGCCAUUUUCUUCAUAUCCUAUUACAGUCUCUUGGAUUCUUGUAGGGGCAUUAUUAGAUCACCCUUGGAGGCAAGGAUAUAGUUAUAUGUUGUUAACCUUGCAGAGCUUUCUUUUAGUCACAAUAGCCUUCAGUUUCUGCCAUGCCCCUUCAUAAGGGAAAAGGAUAUUUGUACCAUGAUCCUCCCCCAUAAUCUACGGAAUUAGGAGCCCUGUGUGGAGUCCUAUCAAUAAGUAUGCACAUUCAUCAAA